GGCAAAGGAAAUGCACCAAUCAGCUGCUCCCCUGGGCUCACAACUGUCUGCUGCGCCCGGAAAACAAACCGGGGCUCUGGGGACGCGGGGCUCAGGCCGCCUCGCUCCGGCCUAGCCCCUCCACCUUAGUUGUGUCAUCCCCCGGGCAUGCUGAGCAUCCCCCCUCGGCUCCUGCACAGACGCGCGGGCCUCAGGUCUCUGCCUCCGCGCGGGGGCCCGGCCGUGUGGCCGAAGGGAGCGGCCGGAUGGAGCGGAGGAUGAAAGGCGGAUACUUGGACCAGCGAGUGCCCUACACCUUCUGCAGCCAGAAAUCUCCCGGAAAUGGGAGCUUGGGCGAAGCGCUGAUGGUCCCGCAGGGGAAGCUCAUGGACCCGGGCUCCCUGCCGCCUUCCGACUCAGAAGAUCUCUUCCAGGAUCUCAGUCACUUCCAAGAGACGUGGCUCGCUGAAGCUCAGGUACCAGACAGCGAUGAGCAGUUUGUUCCUGAUUUUCAUUCAGAAAACUUAGCUUUCCAUAGCCCCACCACCAGGAUCAAGAAGGAACCCCAGAGUCCCCGCACAGAACCGGCCCUGUCCUGCAGCAGGAAGCCACCACUCCCCUACCACCAUGGAGAGCAGUGCCUUUACUCCAGUGCCUAUGACUCCCCCAGACAAAUCGCCAUCAAGUCCCCCGCCCCUGGUGCCCCUGGACAGUCGCCCCUGCAGCCCUUUCCCAGGGCAGAGCAGCAGCAGAGCCUCCUGAGACCCUCCAGCUCCUCCCAGCCCCACCCUGGCCACGGGUACCUUGGUGAGCACAGCUCCGUCUUCCAGCAGCCUCUGGACAUGUGCCACUCCUUCACAUCUCCUCAGGGAGGGGGCCGGGAACCUCUCCCAGCCCCCUACCAACACCAGCUGUCGGAGCCCUGCCCACCCUACCCCCAGCAGAGCUUCAAGCAAGAGUACCAUGACCCCUUGUAUGAACAGGCUGGCCAGCCGGCUGCAAGCCAGGGUGGGGUCAGUGGGCACAGGUACUCAGGGGCAGGGGUGGUGAUCAAACAGGAGCGCACAGACUUCGCCUAUGACUCAGAUGUCCCUGGGUGUGCAUCAAUGUACCUGCACCCAGAGGGCUUCUCUGGGCCCUCUCCAGGUGAUGGAGUGAUGGGUUAUGGCUAUGAGAAAUCUCUUCGACCAUUCCCAGAUGAUGUCUGCAUUGUCCCUGAAAAAUUUGAAGGAGACAUCAAGCAGGAAGGGGUUGGAGCUUUCCGGGAGGGGCCACCCUACCAGCGCCGGGGUGCCUUGCAACUGUGGCAGUUUCUGGUGGCCCUGCUGGAUGACCCAACCAAUGCUCAUUUCAUUGCUUGGACAGGCCGGGGGAUGGAGUUUAAACUAAUUGAACCUGAAGAGGUCGCCAGGCUCUGGGGCAUCCAGAAGAACCGGCCAGCCAUGAACUAUGACAAGCUGAGCCGCUCACUCCGAUACUAUUAUGAGAAAGGCAUUAUGCAGAAGGUGGCUGGUGAGCGCUACGUGUACAAGUUUGUGUGUGAGCCUGAGGCCCUGUUCUCGCUGGCCUUCCCGGAUAAUCAGCGUCCAGCUCUGAAGGCCGAGUUUGACCGGCCAGUCAGCGAGGAGGACACAGUCCCUUUGUCCCACUUGGAUGAGAGCCCUGCCUACCUCCCAGAACUGGCUGGCCCUGCUCAGCCCUUUAGCCACAAAGGUGGAUAUUCUUACUAGGUACUAGUGGCUUCCCUUUGUCGCGGGUGGGGCUGCCCGGUGUACAUAUCAACAGAUUUGGUGUUGGGGAAGCCCUCAUGCUGAUGCCCAUACAAGAAUCUGGGGUCACAUCUCCACUGUCCCAUCUUACUCCUGGCCAGACUCGGCCAACAUCCAGUCUGCAGGAAGGACAGUGGAGGCAGGACAGAUCUAAAUGCAGCAAUGCGUUCGUUUGCUGUGUUCACCUCUGCCCUCAGAGGUUCUGCUUGGUCACCCCCACCAGAGAACCAGUGUUUGUUCUGUUCUUGGUACAGACAAGGGGCUUCCUAACUUUAUUAUGGCAGCAGGGCCAAGGGGGUUCCCAGGACACCCCACUUCUCCGUCGUGGGAGACAGAAGCCUUGGCUCUGCCCUGAGCUGGGAUCCUAUGUUCUUGGUGCUGUGCUCUGGGAGGCAGGAGCAGGUGGGAGGCAGCUGGGGUGGGUGCUGGGUGGAGGCAAGGACAGAAGGGGACCUCCUCCAAGGGACCCUCCGGCUCACUGCCCUAGGUGUACCCGUGCCUAGCUCCACCUUCGCCUCAUCUGCCAGACCUUAAUAAAUGCCUCUGCUUCUCCCGUCAA